AUGUGGGAUACUAAGGAUAAUAAAUAUCAUCAGUAUGACAAUAGAGUUCUCAGUCAGCUUGGUUUUGGAACUCCUAAUCUGACCUUAUCUUUCCUAAGCCUUAUUCCUAAGGCUUCUGUUUCCAGCUUGCCGGCCUUCGUAUAUAAAUCCCAUGCUUGUGGUGAGCUGAGUACACAGCAUAUCAACUCAACCGUCACAGUAUGCGGAUGGCCUGGGCAUUGUCGACUGUCAUCUCGUUUUCUCGUUCUUCGUGAUGAUCGAGGUUCAAUACAAAUAUAUUGUGACAAAAAUUCUCUCCAAAUUCCGCAAUUUAAUUCUGAGUCUGUCCUGAUAGUGACAGGUAAAGUCCAAGCACGUCCGGAAAAAGAUGUUAACAAGUUGGACAUAGAAAUGGCAUUUAUCACUCCAGAUGAUAUUUAUGAAAUAAUUGAGAAAAUGUUGUUAUAUAUUUGGCCUACAGUUCAGAGUACUUCAGGUUAUCAGACAAUAUCGAUUGCAUUUUUGCGCAUGGAAUAUUGUGAUGCUAUGUCAUGA